AAAGUAGCCGUUCAGAAACCUCCGACUUGUUGCGAGGAGCGCACAGGCUCCGGAGAGAUCGCAUCCCGGAGGCUGGCGGCGGCGAGGUAGAGCUGGGUCUGCUUCGCCCCUCCUGCUGCUGCUGCUGCCGCCCCCGCGUAUGACUUGGGCAAACUAAACCUGCCGCCGCCUCGGAUCGCCUCUCCUACCAUGCGCGCCUCGAGGUCGGCUCCCCAGGGCAGCGGCUGCUUCCGAGGCAAGUGAUCCCGCCGUCCGCGGAGCGCUCCGCCGCUGCCCGCCGCUCCUUGUUCAUGGUCAGCUCUCCCGCCCGGCUGCUGCCGCUGUUGCCGCCGGCUCCCCGGAUCUGCCCCCCGUGACGGACAUGCAGGCGGCGGGGUGGUUCAAGCGGCUGGCGGCUGCCUCCCGCCUCCUCUGGAUCCUGGCCGCCUGCGCCUUGGAGCCGCGGUGCGCCCGGGCGGAUUUCACCCUGGAGAACGAGGUGCACUCCAGCUUCAUCCACCGGAGGCUGCGCAGCCAGGAGCGCCGGGAGAUGCAGCGGGAGAUCCUCUCCAUCCUGGGCUUGCCCCACCGGCCCAGGCCCCAUCUGCACGGCAAGCACAACUCGGCGCCCAUGUUCAUGCUGGACCUCUACAAUGCCAUGUCGGUGGAAGAGGAGGGCGCCGGCGCCAGCAGCGAAGGAGGCGAGGGCUACUCGUACCCUUACAAGCCCAUCUUCAGCACUCAGGGGCCACCCCUGGCCAGCCUGCAGGACAGCAACUUCCUCACCGAGGCGGAUAUGGUCAUGAGCUUUGUGAACAUGGUGGAGCACGACAGGGAGUUCUAUCACCAGCGCAGCCAUCAUCGUGAGUUCCGGUUUGACCUCUCCAGAAUCCCCGAGGGUGAAGCAGUGACUGCAGCAGAGUUUCGGAUUUACAAGGACUACAUCAGAGAACGCUUUGAUAAUGAAACAUUCCAGAUCAGUGUUUACCAAGUCCUCCAAGAACACCCAGGAAGGGAUUCAGAUUUGUUCUUGCUUGACACUCGAACAAUUUGGGCUGCAGAAGAAGGUUGGCUGGUGUUUGAUAUCACAGCCACGAGUAACCACUGGGUGGUAAAUCCACAACACAAUCUUGGCUUGCAGCUAUCAGUGGAGAGCGUAGACGGACAGAGCAUCAAUCCCAAAUUAGCCGGUCUUAUUGGAAGGCAUGGCCCACAAAACAAACAGCCGUUCACUGUAGCCUUCUUCAAAGCCACGGAGGUGCACCUCCGUAGCAUCCGUUCGGCAGGAGCUAAACAGCGGAACCAGAACCGCUCGAAAACGCCAAAGAACCAAGAAGCCUUUCGGGUGUCAAACCUUGGAGAGAACAGCAGCACUGACCAGAGGCAAGCGUGCAAGAAACAUGAGCUGUAUGUCAGUUUCAGGGAUCUCGGCUGGCAGGACUGGAUCAUUGCUCCAGAAGGUUAUGCUGCAUAUUACUGUGAAGGAGAAUGUGCCUUUCCAUUGAACUCGUAUAUGAAUGCUACAAACCAUGCUAUUGUACAAACACUGGUUCACUUUAUCAAUCCAGAAACUGUGCCGAAACCUUGCUGUGCUCCAACGCAGCUCAACGCUAUCUCAGUACUUUACUUCGAUGACAGCUCCAAUGUCAUUUUGAAGAAAUACCGGAACAUGGUAGUACGGGCCUGUGGCUGCCAUUAAACGUACUGGACAGGAACGCUCAACAUGGCUUUCAAAAUGUUCGGGUUUUGAGGUGUUUUUUUUUUUUUUUAAACCCUAACAUGGAUCACUUUUUUAAAAAACUCAUUUUAAAACAUGCCAUCACUCUUUGGGAUAACAUUUCUGAAGGGGCCAAACCAUCAGGAAAGCGUUCCAGACACAAGUGGCAUUUUGAGCGAGUUUCGGCUUUAGCUUGCAAAUGAGAAUCAUUCCUGCAAACUGAUGCACAAUGGAAACAAGGACUGAGGAUCAGUUUGUAAGCAGGUCCCUCCUUCUGUAGGCAAGCAAAAUCUGCCUAAAAGUGAAAAUGAGUCUUUCAAAUGAAAAGCCAUCUGUGGUGAGAAACAUAUUUGUAAGAGUGAGUGUGUGUGUGUGUGUGUGUGUGUGUGUACAGAUUUAUAAAAGCUCCUCAUAGAUAAAUGAUUUUUAAUUAAAAUGAGUGACUGCCAUUGCUUGAGUGAAACGGAUGUUCUGUUUAAAAUGACUAAGGAUGAGCGAGACCUGACCGAUUUCCUAUUUUCAUAAAUAUUGCCGUCUUCCCAUGGCAUUGCCUGUUUAGGGCGCUUGUCUGUCAAAGUGGCUAUGCAGUUCUUCCACAAAGCAGAUACUGCUGAUUGUGCAUUGCAUCUGUGUAAUCUGCAGUUCUGCAUCUGUUCUGCCAUACAGAUCAGAAUAACUAUGUGUGCAUAACAUGCAUAUCUAGCUUAACUGUGCAUCAUUUUCCCCCAACACACUGACAGCAGUAUACACUUAAUGGAGAUCUGAUUCAUGGUUGUAUAUCUCAUGUACAGUUAACUUAAUGCAUAACAGCUUGCAUCAUGGAGCCAUCACACUUUCUCCCCUCUAACUUUUGCAAUGGGUAGACAACAAAAUUUGCAGGCUUGUUUCCUAUCCAUGACAUUUAGCCACAACAGUGAAUAUGUGGUCUUUAGUUUGGGAACAGAAAGAUCAGAUAUUUUCCAGCAUCCCUCAGAUUACCUUCUUUCCUUUGGCUCAUAUCAACUUCAUAGGCAAGAGAAGAAUCCAAGGGUCCAAAUCAGUGAAUCUUCUUUAGAUGUGUGGAGUGGAUGCACUUUGCACAGGGAUUUUCUCCCUCUUUCCUAUCCUUUGUACUGAAUCCUUCCCAAGUUUGCUGUGAGGGGAACUACUGUAAGGUUGCAUGUAAGAAGCCAAACAAAAGAAUGCAUGGGGUCAAUGUCCAUCUGGAAAAUGGUGUCUAGCACUGACCUCUCCAGAGAGGUCAGUACUAGGCACUGACAUCCAGACUAACAACGUGCAAGUACUAUGUGGGAGGUGCUGCAGCAGCUGAGUUCCUGACAAACACAGCUCUGGCACUUGCAAAGGGGGACAAAUAUUAACAAUCCCCCCUUCAUCCAAAGGUUCUCUGUGCCACCCAAAAAUAUGUCCCUGAGGGCUGCAUGACCCUCGGGGACAUAUUUCUGGGUGACACGGAGCACUUCCAGGGAAGAGGAGGUUAUUGAAGUUCCUUCCCUCACCACCCGUGUGAUUGCUUGUGUUGCAUUAGUCAAAUCCAUCAGCAGUACUGGUGCUCUUCUCAUCUAACAUCCACACUUUGUUAGUCUGGAUGUUGGCCAAUAUCUUAGUAAUGCAGACGAGGAUGUAAACAAUAUGCUUAUCAAUUUUUCAGAUGAUACCAAAUUGGGAACUGUUGAGGAUAGAUCCUAUAUUCAGAAUUGAAACAGAAACUGUUCAGCAUAGGAAAGAACCAAAUGGCCAGCUGGUGGACAAUUCAUUAAGUACUGGUGAUUCUAAGAAAGAUUUACAGACUGUAGAGGACACCAGGCUGAACAGGAAUCAACAGGCUGAUAUUAAGACCAAUGUAACUUAAAGUUGCAUCGUUGAGAAGCAUUGUUCCCAAAAGGUGAGAUGUGUUAGUGCCCUUGUGUUCAGCAAUAGUAUGACCACCUUUGAAGCACUAUGUUUAUUUCUUGGUACCAGAGUUCUUGAAGGCUAUUGACACAUUGGAAACAUGACAAAGGAUAGUUUUUUUUAGAUACAAAGAGAAGUAUCAAGAAAGCAACUAGUGUGAAAGAAAGGAUAAAGGAACUAAGCAUGCUUAUCCAGAGAUAUAUUGAUGGUCUUCCAAUAAUGUUGAAAGUUACUAGGAAAGGAAUUGAAAAUAAAACAGCAAGUAUUAUUUGCCAUAUCUAUAAAUCUUUGGUAGGGGCCACAACACCAUGUACUAUUCGGGUGGUUGUCUUUCAAACCGGAUAUUUUAGAUUUUAAACAGUCUGGGAAAUGGCAAUCAAAAGGAUAAUGGAUUUGGGACACUUGUCUUACAAGGAAAUAAAGUGUUUGGAGCUUUUUACUCUAGAAAAAUUUGAUGAUAAAUGGGGGAGGGGAUUUAUAAAAAUUAAUGAACUGUAUGGACAGAUAAAUUUCUUUCUUACUCAUAAUACUAGAAUCACUUCAUCCAAUGAAGCUUAUUUGCGGUAGAUUCUGGCCAAAAAACUGAGUUAAAAAAACCACAAAAAACCCUAAAGAUACAAGAAAUAAAUUGGAUUAGUUAGUUGUAUGGGAAGGGAGAAGUUCUUGCAUAUCCUAGUUACCUAAAAACCUUUAUGGCUGUGAAUAUAUGCUUGAAAGUGUGUGGAAUACUAUGCCGAUUGAAAUCUCAGAUGUCAAAUUUUCAACUGAAUAGUGUUUUCAUUGGCUGUGGGCAAGGAUUGAACACCUAAUAGAGCUUCUUGCCCCUCCACAUUAGUAGCAAACAUAGAAUAAAUUAUUCAAAAUAGUAAAAAUUGCAAAAUAAAUUAUGCAAAAUCAAAAUAUGCAAAUGUGUUCAGUUUGAAGGUGUAAUAGGCUAAGAGAUGGACUGGCAAACCAUGGUUGGUUGUUAGCAAAAUUAGCAAAUGUGAGCCUUGGGUUCUCGUGGCUUGUCCUCAUAACAUUAAACUAUGGUUUGAACUGAACUCUGUUGAACUGACCUGAAUUAUGGCAGUGACCUGCCCCAAAGGACCCAGGGAGAUUUAUGGACAAGCAAGGAUUUGAACUUGUGUCUUCCACCUACCUUUCUAUCUACUGUACCUCAUUGCCCAUUCUACUGUGCUGGCAGAAAUGCACAAUUUCUAUCCACCAGCAGUCUCCUCAAAGUUGAAAUGUUUCUGUGCAAAUUCUCUCAGGUUUGCAUAAAUAUGCAAAAAAUGUGGUAACCCCACAGUCUCAUUACACAUUUCCAAUGUUGCCUCUGGAACUAAAUUUGUUGCUUGCUCCUGAUAUAGCCCACUUACCCAAUGAGCAAUUCUUGCAUAUGACCCCCUCAGCAUGGAGAUGCUAUGGUGUGGAAGUGUUUCCUGAAGCCUCCCACAUGCUGGCUGUGUCCCCAGGUAUUGUCUGCCCUCAGAGAAGUAUAGGCUGAAGGAAAUGCUUGGAUUGCAUGCCGGUUCCAGGAGGUUCCAUCCUUUUAGAGAAAAUUGCUUAAGCACAAUGUUUAAUAUUUAGAACUAGGGAAAGAACCACAAAAGAGCAUUUGAGAUCUGUAGCACAGCCCAGGCUAUCAUUUAGAACGUGCAGUUCUUAAACAUGCAAAUAGGAGAGAGGAUGUGGUUUGGACGACCCAUUGCUGAUAUCAAAGUGUGGACCGUAAUAUUAUGGGGCUCCCGCUCAGUGGAAGAGCAUCUGCUUUGUAUGCAGAAGAUCCCAAGUUCAGUCCCUGGCAGCAUCUCCAGGUGGGGCUGGGAAAUACCUAUCUGAAGCCCUGGAGAGUUGCUGUUAAUCAGUGCAGACCAUACUGAGCUAGAUGGACUAAUGCAAUAAGCUGACACAGUAGAAGGCGGCCUCCUAUGUUCCUACUACACUGAGAGAGCCUUUUGAUUUCCUCUGUUCCCAGUGAGAAGGCAAGUUUGGGGUGCCCUCUUCCAGGUAAAAGUGUACAUGUUCCCCAAACACACUUUAUUGCCUUUGCACUCAGCUUUGCCCAUGCUGGUGAAGGCAGGUGUGGGCGUGGGGGUGGGCGUGGGGGAGGAGGUGGACAGACAUCUGGAAUGGUAUUAUAAAAGUACUCACCAAUGAAUUAUAGACUUCUGGGGGUCUAAUGGGCCUUAUUCAGGGAACUUAGAUGCUUCCUUUAAAGCUAAUGUGAGAUGUUCAAGAUCACUUUGUGAGUGUGUGUGUCUAUAAAUUCAGUCAUGGGUGAGCCCUUGUGCCUUCUGUUCAAUUUCUAUUGGUGUCUGUUCCGUAUAUGGCAGGCCACCCUUUGUAUACACUCCGAUCUCUUAUAUGUUUUACGGGGAUAUUGUUUCCUGGGGUUAUUUCUAAUUCCCCCUCCCCCAUAAGUAGCAGACUCUCUGCUAAGCUCUAUGUAAGCUCCACUGUUUGUACAUGUUUGUGUAAAUAGUUUUCACAAAACCAGAACAAAAUUAUUUAUUUCAAUCUCUGAAUUUCCUCUUUUCCCCAAUCACAUUCAGGAAAAAAAAAGAUUCAUCUCUCCUUUGAAGACUUAUGUUUCCUUAUUUAAUAACAUAUUUAUUAACAACUGUUGGCAAAAAAAUAUACAUUUUGGGUCUUUUCCCCACUUUAGAGCAGUUGUUUUUAGGUGGUUGUUUGUACAAAUUAGUCAAAUAAAUAAUUGCAGUUUUACAUGUUUUAAAAAAUGA